AUGUCUGGUCUGAAUAUCAGCCUAGAGAAGUCUACUCUCUACAUGGCGGGUGUUACUGAGGAUGAUAGCGUCGCAAUCCUUGAUCAGUUCCCAUUUGAAACAGGUUCUCUCCCGAAAGCUAAGAUAGCUUGGUCAGAUGUUUGCACACCGAAGGAUGAAGGAGGGUUAGGGCUGAGAUCUCUGGAGGAAGCUAGGACUGCUUUGGGGGGUCAAUGGAUUCACAAGUAUCUUAUCAGGAAAGGUUCUUUCUGGAGUGUGAAAGACACAAGCUCUUUAGGUUCUUGGAUGUGGAAGAAACUUCUAAAACUUCGACCCUUAGCCUCACAACUUACAAGAGUUGACAUCCGAAAUGGCUCAGUGACAUCAUUCUGGUAUGAUCACUGGUCUUCCUUGGGUAAGCUACUUGACCUAACAGGAGAAAGAGGUUGCAUUGAUCUUGGUAUCCCGAUAAACACCACAGUGGAAAGGGAUGUUCAGGCUUAUCGAUGUCGAAAACACAGAACCUCUGUCUUGAUGCAAAUUGAGCAGGAAAUUAUGGGACUACAUCGCCCCGGCCUUGUCCAGGAGGACGAUAUUUGUCUUUGGAAGAGGGAGAAUGGUGAUUUUCAUCCUGUUUUCUCCACUUCUCAGACAUGGCACCUCACUUGA